UGAAAACAAGAAGGCGGUCCAUCAGAUGCCAACGAACGUUACAUACGAUGCACCUCUAUCCCCUAUAUCUAUCAUUAACCUCAUUCUCACAAUUCGUCCAUUUGGUUUUUCUCUAAGUACUUUGCUCUCAAUUCCCAGCUGCCAUGGGGGAAGAUGCGGAGCCGGGGUACGACAGGGUGAACACACCGAAAUUCAAAGGGAAAGGAGGCCUCAGAGCUACUUCUUUCAUUUAUGCUUUGGUGGCAUUGGAGAACAUGGGAUUUGUAGCAAACAUGGUGAGCUUGGUCCUCUACUUCUCCUACAAGAUGUAUUUUGAUCUCUCCAACGCAGCAAACACGCUCACAAACCUCAUGGGAUCAACUUUCUUGCUCUCCAUCGUUGGUGGCUUCAUUUCCGACACUUACAUCAACAGGUUCCACACCUGUCUCAUUUUUGGGACGAUUGAAGUCUCGGCUCUAACAAUGAUGACAAUCCAAGCUCACAAUAGCAGUUUGCUACCGUUGCCUUGUGGCAAGCCAAACUGCAAACUGGAAGGGGGUAUGGCCGUGUACUUCUACGCAUCGCUGUGUUUGCUGGCACUGGGCGUAGGUGGGGUGAGGGGCUCCCUUCCCGCCCUUGGAGCUGAUCAAUUCGACGCAAAGGACCCAAAGGAGGCAAAGGGUCUGGCCAGCUACUUCAACUGGCUCUUGCUCAGCACAGUGAGUGGUGGGACAGUUGGAGUUACUGUCAUUGUUUGGGUUGCCACCAACAAAAACAACCAGAAUUGGUGGAAGGGCUUUGUCAUCACCACUGUUGGCGCUUUUGUUGGUUUUAUAUUUCUUGCUGUUGGAAAGCCUUUCUACCGUCUUCAGAUCCCCAAAGACAGCCCUCUGGUCAGAGUUGCACAGGUCAUAGUCGUUGCGAUAAAAAAUCGCCGUUUGCCACAUCCAGAGAGCCCGAGUGAGUUGUACGAGGUGAACGAUAAAGAUCCAGAAUCGAUCUCAAAAAUUGCUCAUACUGAACAAUUUAGGUGGCUGGACAAAGCAGCAAUUCUUCCCCAAAACACACAGCCCUCAGAAUGGAAAGUUUGCACAGUAACACAGGUGGAAGAAGUAAAGGUCCUAACAAGAAUGCUGCCAAUCAUAGCCAGCACAAUCAUAAUGAACACAUGCAUGGCACAGCUCCAAACCUUCUCAGUCCAACAAGGCUACCGAAUGGACCCGUAUCUCGGCUCGUUCCAAGUCCCUGCUGCAUCCAUCCCUGUCAUUCCCCUCGUCUUCAUGGUCAUCCUCAUUCCAAUCUAUGACAGAGUUUUCGUGCCAUUUGCUCGUAAGUUCACAAAGCAUCCGUCAGGCAUCACGCAGCUCCAACGUGUGGGUGUCGGCCUAGUUCUGUCGGCCCUCUCCAUGUCGAUAGCAGCAUUGGUGGAAGUGAAGAGACGGCACCAAUCUCUGAAGAAUCCCUUGAAACCCAUCAGUCUUUUCUGGCUCUCUUUCCAGUAUGGUGUUUUCGGUAUUGCUGAUAUGUUUACUCUUGUGGGAUUGCUGGAAUUCUUCUACAAAGAAGCACCUGCCGGAAUGAAGUCGCUCUCCACUUCUUUCACAUGGAUUUCGCUGGCGUUUGGGUACUUCUUGAGCAGUGUUUUGGUGGAUGCUAUAAACUCGGUGACGAAGAGCAUCACGCCUAGCAAACAGGGGUGGCUGCAUGGACAGGACCUGGACAGGAACAAUUUGAAUCUGUUCUAUUGGUUUUUGGCAAUCCUGAGUGUUGUCAACUUCUUCCACUACCUCUACUGGGCAGUAUGGUACAAGUACAAGAAGGACGGCAGCGACAACGUUUUUGUCAUCAAGGAUGGCAACCCAGUACCACAUUCCAUCAGCGGUGUGCCUUUUCUGAAGGCGGAAGACGACGACGUGUCUAAGGCCACAACCGUGGAGGACACCAGCGAGAGAAACUGAUGCAUUUGGUGAAGACAGAGGGUUGAAAGACAUGAAGCAGGAAAUGGAUCAUCAGCAAAGACAGAGUUGGAGUUGGCCAAUUUUUUUUUUUUUUUCUGUUUUUCGAUUUAUGAUCAUGUUAUGAGGAACAUGUCUGGAUUUCAUAGUUAGAUAAACUCCAUUACAAUAAUAAGACGAUUUUUUGCUGAUGCUAAAAUAGAAU